CGACUGAGAAAGCAUGCAUUUGCAGUCUCUGCAAACAAAGCUCUUUCUACAGGGUGGAGUUUGCCUUAUCUGCAGCAGUCAUAGUAAUCCGAUCCUGGAGAACAGAUUGUAGCCACUGCCAGCAGCCCAGAGAAGCUGGGUUAAUCUCGGGUAUUCAAGGAUUUGUAAUGAUGUAGCCAGUGCUGUAAGAAAGAGAGUCACAUAAAACUGCAUUUUGAUGGAAGGAAAUCUUGAAAAUCACUUAGUGACUACUAUAAAGAAUUAUUUUCAUUUUAAUGGCUUCUGUAGAGCUUCUCUGUAUAAAUAAUAACACUCAAACAUGUCUGCAAGAUAAUGGAAACUGGGAAGUAAACACAUCCUUUUCAAAAAGUGAAACACACAUUGCUCUAAAAACAUGCUCAUGUGAAAGCCAAUGCAACGUCCUACAUCAGACAGUUAAAAGGGAAGGGUAUUAUGACCCGCCAUCUAAUGAAAGUAUUUUUCAAGGAUCACACAUGAAAUUCACUUAUCAACAUUUUCCAGGAGAAGUAAAGAUUUGCUGUGAUCAAGACUUGGAGACAUCCUUUACUUACAUUGAUGAAAAUGUCAAUCUCCACCGUGCAAGUCCACCAAUAUCCAUAAAAAGCCACCCUGAACAUAUUAACCACAGUCCUUGCAGUGGCACCAUAAAUAAUGUGUCUCAGGAACUAUCCAUGUUUUCUGAUGAAGGAACUGCAACGGAAAGUUCAAGUAGCUCAGUUGAUUAUGGGUUCAUUAGUGCAGUAAUUCUCCUGGUUACUGGGAUUAUACUAGUAAUGAUUUCCUAUAUUGUACCAAGGGAUGUUAAUGUGAAAAAAGAUACUGUUUCUGCAAGAGAAAUGGAGAGACUAGAAAAUGCAAGUGCUAAGCUAGGUGCUCACCUAGACAGAUGCGUAAUUGCUGGAUUGUGUUUAUUAACUCUUGGUGGUGUAAUAUUGUCUAUAUUGCUAAUGAUGACUUUCUGCUAUGGGGAAAUGUAUAGAUGUAAGAGGCUGGCCUCUUCAAAAGAAUCAACAAAGCUGUAUGGUUCCAUUAAUUUUAGACCAGCAUCUGAAUGCGCAACUCAAACAUCAAAAGAACUGACAGUAACAGAGGAAAAUAGUGCUGCUGUAAACUGAAAUAUCCAUAAUCUUUUGGAUUCUAAAAGUGCUCUUUGUUUUUUUUUUUUUUUGUUUGUUUUUCUACUUCAAGAUCUUUUUUGUACAGACAUAAAAACAUACACAGACAUAUGCAUACAUAUGCACUUGUGCUUGUACACACACACACACACACACACACACACACACACACACACACACACACACACACACACACACACUCACUCAUGCACAGUUACUGUAUAAUUUUGGCAAUGUGUGACUGCACAUUGGCAUGUGUGUAUAUGCAAACAUAUGUGUAUAGUAGAUUACUUAGUUGCCCAUGCUCUUCCUAAGCCAGUUAUAUCAGUUCUGUAGUAAUUUGUAAGAAAAAAACAUUGUACAGUACUUCUUUGGGUCAGCACUUACGUCACCUUGUAACUCAUAAUAGCCUCAACCUGAGUUACAAAAUAAUAGGUACUGCAUGGACAACAAAUCAUUGUUUUUGACAAUGUAGUCUUUUAAGUGAUUAUGAAUAUCCUAACAAUAUGUUAUUAUAUUAUUGGAGAAAAUAUAUGGUCAGCCAUGUGACUGUGAUGUGCUUCAUUACCCACAUGCAUUCUAAAUAAUGUAAUAAACUGAAGAAUUCUAAACUUUAA